AACUUCACCUCUAUCUAAAUGAAAUUUCUACAAAACCUCGAAACGCAUCUAACACCCGAAUGGCGCACACAAUACAUAGAAUAUGGCCAAUUAAAAGAGUCGAUUUUCGAUGCCGUAGCGCGUGCGCCAUCGUCAGGCAGCGUUAAGCUCGAUGAACAUUUGGCUCAUUUCCAGCAGCAAUUUUUCGAGGUCUGCGACAAAGAAUUGGAAAAAAUCAAUAUGUUUUACGAGGCCAAAUUGGCUGAGAUCAUACAUAAAUACACAAAUUUGAAGGAUGAAAUGAACUUGGCCAAGGAGUUGUCAGACGCCAGCAUAUUGGCACGCCCAUCGGUUCGCAUUAAAGCCCGAUUUCAUAGAGCAACAAUAGAUAUGACAAGGAUAUUGACACGUAGGGCCAGUCACGAUUUCAAGGUUGCAUUUAGUGAGCUCUACUUGAAUGUGAUACUUCUGCGUAACUAUCAGAUUUUGAAUUAUACCGGAUUUCGUAAAAUACUUAAGAAAUAUGAUAAGCACAUUCGUCGUGGAUCGGGCCAGAAUUAUUUUACAUCGCAGGUGGAAAACGCCUCGUUUCAUAAAAAUCGAGAAACCAAGGACCUUUUGAAAAAAAUCGAAGAUAUAAUGACGUAUAACUUAGAGAACGGUAAUAGACAUAAAGCUAUGCAAAAACUUCGUGUGCCACCGCUUGCCGACCAAUCGCACCCAUGGACUUCCUUUCGUACGGGCUUUUCUUUGGGUGCACUUAUCAUUCUGGGAAUUAUGGUUGUUUUAUCUUUCACUAUGAAGGUCAUCGACGUGCAUGUCGCUACAUGUGUCCUACUCUUCCGUGGCCCCUUCACUAUGAUUUUCUUCCUAGGAUUACUCAGCUUGAACUUCUACAUUUGGCGACGAGUGGGCAUCAAUCAUGUGCUCAUAUUCGAAUUGAAUCCUCGUAACUAUUUGGCCGCGGUGCAAAUUCUUGAAAUAUCCGUUAUAUUUGGAUGUAUACUGUCUUUGCUCACGCUGUCCUUCCUGCAUUUCAACUACUUAAGGAUGCCACCAUAUGUAUUUCCACUCGCUAUGCCGUUAAUUAUGUUUGUCUUCCUCAUCAAUCCAAUUCGUGUAUUUCAUUACCAGUCACGUAUGUGGCUUCUACGGCAUCUGGGUCGCAUCGCUUGUGCACCAUUCUUUCAAGUCGUCUUUGCCGACUUUUGGUUGGCGGAUCAACUCAUUUCGCUCGUGGCACUCUUCGUGGACUACAGCCUCAUCAUCUGCUACUACACCACACCGUUCGAUUGGUAUCAGGCCAAAGAGCCCACAACCUGCGCCAGCAAUCGUCGUUAUGCAACUAUAAUGCGGGUGUUGCCCGCUUGGUUUCGUUGCGCUCAGUGUUUACGGCGUUAUCACGAUGAUCCUAAUCGUGAUAGGAAGCACCUAAUCAAUGUUGGCAAAUAUGCAACUACUUUUUUUGUGGUGUUUUUCGACUUCAUGAAAAUGCACUAUGCCGCUUCAUACAACAGUCGGCUAGAGAAUCCUUUUAUUUGGUUGUGGGUAGUAGCUGCUAUCGUUUCAUCAUCGUACGGUCUGACGUGGGAUUUUCUAAUGGAUUGGGGCAUCUUUAGUAGAGAACGCGGCGAACAUAAAUACUUACGCUCACAAAUCCUUUAUCGGGCGAGUUUCUAUUACUUUUUGAUUGUGGAAAACUUUGUGCUGCGUUUUCUCUGGGCCUACGUGUUUUUACUGGAUGAAACGCAAGUGGUCAGCAAAAGGGUUAUGUCCCCUAUAGCGGAUAUAUUGGAAGCAAUACGGCGUUUCUUAUGGAAUUUUAUUCGAUUGGAGAACGAGCAUCUAAAUAAUUGUGGCAAAUUUCGCGCUGUCCGUGAUAUCUCGGUUUCAGUUCUUGAACAGCCCUUGCAAUCCUCAAUGUUUUCUAUCAGUGACACCUUACAUAAUUGGCAAAAUCAUAAGAAACUGAAAUCACCAAAUAAUUCGAAGAAAGACCCGAAUAUUGUAUAAGUUUUUAUAAGUUUUUGGUUUUUUAGAAUACGUUUAAAACUAUUCACAUUCAUUCAUAUAUAUAAGUACAUUUGUAUGCAAUUUAGUUGGUUAUUGUAAGUAUCGAAAGUGAGUCAUUUAUGUACGUACGAAUGUGCCACCUUGAUCAAAAAGUUCCCGGAAUGUAUUCAGCAAAUUCGAAAUACAAGUUUAUUCCUCAAAAAGGAUAUUAUCGCCUUCAAAGUAUGCCCCAUCAACUGCAACGCACUUAUGCCAGCGUUUGAUCCAGCGCUUGAAACAUUCCUGGGACUCUAUUUUCAGUAUAACCAUCAGAGCCGUUUUCGAAUUCUCUAUUAUCAUACUUACCCUUAAAACGCGUUCCAUAGUGGCUUUCCGAUGGAACAGAAAAAAAAGCGCAGGGAGCCAUAUCAGGCGAAUCCAAUGACUGUUGGAUGGUAUUCGUUUCGUUCUUCAUCAAAAAUUCGCGGAAAUGAAUCGUUUUGCAAAAUCCCUCAGUUGUUUUCUCAGAAAUCUUUUCUUUUUUGGCAAAUUGCUUCUUGUAAACAUAUCAUAACGCCCAAAUAAUAGUCUUUAUUAACUGUCUGACCUGCUGGUAAAAAUUCGUGGCGUAAAAUACCGUUGUAUUCUAUAAAAACCGUGAGCAUCGCUUUCGUUUUUGAUUAAAAAUUACGUGAUUUUUUUGGUCGU